AUGCUGCAUUAUCACAAUGUCGCGGGAACAAUCAAAUGCCGGUUGUUCCCCACGAAUUUGAGAAAGGAUGCGAUUGAAUGGUACAAAAGUCUCGCUCCGGGGUCAAUUACCUGCUUACGAAAUCUAAAGAACCAAUUCAUCAGUUCGUCCACUGCUUCGCGACGGCACCCAAACAUCGAAACAGCCCUCGAGGCCAUCGUCCAGAGACACGACGAGACCCUGAGGGAAUUUAUUGAUCGGUUCAACCGGGAGGCCAUCCAGGUCCCCUGUACCGAUCACAUGAAGAGAUACCUGCUCGAGAAGGGGCUCUUCUCGGGCACAAAAUUCAGAAAGGCCGUAGGCAUCGAACCGCCCCGAACAUUCGAUGCCCUCCUCGAGAAAGCCAGAGCCUACAUGGACUACGAGGAGAGGGAAGCGACCAACAUAGCCAGGGACCCCAGGAAUCGCGGAUCUACCAGCCAUCCGUGA